AUGAACACAGACGGAGCAACGCUUUCUUUUUCCAGGGAAGACCUUGGACUAACAAGUACACCUGAUGUCCGUGCAACGAAUCAAGAUAUAUUCGCUAACUACCCUGAGGUCGUCAAGAUAGAGAUAUUCGAAGAUACAGACGAAUAUGAGGGCGGAAACAGUACCAUCGUGUAUUCAGCUAAGGCAAUGGCAGAUCCGAAGAAGAAUAAGCACCAAGUACGGGCACAAUCCGAGUGGUUUGAAAGAUUUCCUGAUGCACUUACAGAUCUCAAACAGAAGCUAGGUCGAUCCUCACGUGCCCGUGUUGUGCACGACAAAGCAGACUGUUGUCCACGGCUUGCCCUUCCACCACCACCACCACCACCACCACCACCACCACCACUAUCUUUCCGCCCGUUGCUGUCCGGUUUCUGUCUGUACGGGUGUCCUGUUUUGUUACAGAAGACUCCUGAAAGCCGCAGAAGCACUCCAUGUAUGGCUACAAGGAAGACGCCGCCGCCGCAGAGAGUCUCGUUUCAUCCACCAAGCGAGAAUGCGGUCUAUCGCGAUCUGCUGUUGUUUGAAGAGAGGUUGAAAACAAAUGCUUCGGUGUUAAAGAAGAGGAAAUCCAGAUACCAGUUGUUCCUUGCUCAGCUGUUGGCCGUCAUAAUCUUUCUAGCGUCCGAAGUAUUCUUCGAGACGCGUUUCCUGGACAUGCCAUGCAAUUAUGCCAUUCAGAAGGUUUUUCCUGAGGAGUUUGAACAGGGGCACCAUACAGUGGAGCUCCACCCGUUUGUCGCGAAGGGCUUGCUCCUCGUGGCAAUCAUGACUUUGCUGCUAUUUUUUGCUAGUGGGCUGUAUGAAGAAAAGAUAGCAUAUGCAAAUAGAUAUGUCCCUCAUGCAAAUCGUGCUCUGCGUAAUUUUAACAUGUACCUCAAUGUUCGUCACCGACCGCUACGUUCCCGGUUAUUCGUCAACCCUUUCUCGCUACUCUUCCCUCGUAAUCCGACGGAGGCAAAUUCAAGAUCUCCUUCACCAGACGGGCGACGUAAGCGUGGUGCGAGUGUGCCAAUCCCUCCAAUUCCGCCGACAAAUAAUCCUCGAGGCGAGCUUAUAUUUUCCUCUCGCGUUGAUCGCAACUUUCGAGAGUCAUACGAACGAUACCGGGCAGCGUUUGAGCGCAAGCGCGAGGCACGCGAACAAUACGCAGCCUCGCAAACGCGAUGGGGACGUCGUUUCUGGCCGUGGAACUGGAUGAAGCGCGUGCUCCCCCAGCCCGCAUCGUAUAUACGCGAGCACAGUCCAACCAACUCUAUGGCAGUAGCGCGAGGACGAGCUUCUGAUUCUGAGAGCUCGUCAAGCACUCCAAGCUCUUCCAGGCGUUCCAGCCCAGUACCUGGCUCGAUAGGAAGGGCCAAGGGUGCGACGAUGGGCAAUAGGAGUGGCACACCGCCGAGCGGUGUCCCGCGACGGCUGACGCCGGAACGGCCUCGGACGGAAAGUUUUAGCUUUUUGUUGUCAAAUGACGACGGUUUCGGGCAAUAGGAUGCAUUGAUCGGGCUGUUCCUCGUUAUCAGUCACAUUAGGAGGUCUUUGUAAGCUAUGAUACGAUUUGGAC